CUACAUCACCAACUACAACCACAGUAUCUACAACACUUUUGACUAAAUCUACAACUGAAAAACCUACAACAACUACAAAAACUUUAACUACUACCUCAAUAUCAACUCAAUCAUCAACACAAUCGGAGUCUACCACUGGAACCACAUCAACAGGAUCUACAACUGAAACAUCUUCUAUUACUGCUGUAUCAAGUACAAUUACACCUUCAUCAGAUUGUUCUAAAUGGGAUAAAGUACAAAAUGAGACAUUUUAUUUUUGCAACUGCACAAUGGCCACAUGUGUCGGAAACAAUACUCUUCAAAUAGUGCCAUACGAGUGUCCAUCCAUAAAGAAUAUUACCUGCACUAAUGGAAGAAGUCCUGUUCUUGAAUAUGAUGAAUAUCAAUGCUGUCAACAUUAUGAAUGUGACUGUGAGUGCAAAGGCUGGGGAGACCAUCGCAUUACAUUUGAUGGGCUAUACUACGGUUACCAAGGAAACUGUUCUUAUUAUUUGAUGAAAGAAAUUUCCCCCAUGCAUGACUUGGAAAUGUAUAUUGACAACAACCGUUGUGAUCCAACUCGAGAUGUUUCUUGUCGUCGAUCCUUAAUUGUAAACUAUGGAAAGCAAAGUAUCAAACUCACCAUUUUUAAUCUCACUGGACAGCCAGAAUUGGAGGCCUACAAGAAUGAAGUAAAUCUAAGGCUACCAUUUUGGGAACAAGGUGUUAAGGUGAUGAGUUCUGGCGUUGACCUUGCUUUAGAGAUCCUUCGUCUAAGAGUGGUUGUAACAUUUGGAAAAAAUGGCUUUAGUGUGAACCUUCCUUAUAAGUACUUCGGAGGAAACACAGAGGGUCAAUGUGGAACUUGCACCAAUAAUCAGAAGGAUGACUGCGGGUUGCAGGGAGGCAAAGGAGAGGAAAGUUGCGCUCUAAUGGCCGACAGCUGGCUUCUAGAAAGUGACAAGAAUAAAAUUGAGUGCAAGCCAAGUGUCCCUCCAGGAGAACCUCUUCCAGAACCAACUCCAUGCAAUUCAUCUUCCAUAUGUGAUCUUCUUCUGAGCAGUGUCUUCGCUCAGUGCCGUCAAUGGAUCUCUGCAGACACUUUUUACAAAGGAUGUGCUUAUGAUAGUUGCCGCAUUCACAGCCAGGCGGUUCAAUGCGCCACUUUGGAGAUUUAUGCAGCUGCUUGUGCUAAGAUUGGAAUGUGCAUAAAUUGGAGGAGCCAAACUGACCAAUGCGCCAGCAACUGUCCAUCAAACAAAAUCUAUAGACCUUGUGGGCCUGCAGAUCAACCAUCCUGUGAGGACAGUCCCAAUGAUCCAACUAUGAACUUCACUACUGAAGGCUGCUUUUGUCCGGAAGGAAUGAAACUUUUCAGCAAAGAUUCAAACAUAUGUGUUAAAAGUUGCGGAUGCCUUGAUCCUGAUGGGACACCCCGUGAGUUCAAUGAGACAUUUGAAUACAAGUGUCAAAACUGUGUCUGUGAUGAGUCCACCAAGACUGUGAUCUGCAAGCCUAAGCCGUGCCCAACACCAGCUGAACAACAAUGCUCUGGUCCAGGAUACGUUCUUGUCAAUCAAACUGAUCCAUCCGAUCCCUGCUGUACUCUCCACGUUUGUCAAUGUGAAAGCCGUGCGUGUCCAGAGAUCAACAUGAACUGUCCAGUUGGUUUUAGGUCAAACAUCCGCGUUCCUAAAGGAAAAUGUUGUCCAGAACGUAGAUGUGAACGUAAACGAGUCUGUGUCCAAGAUGAUGUUGAAUACAGGCCUGGUUCCUCAGUUCCUGCCAAGACUUGUGAGGAUUGCACCUGCUCUGCAAACUCUUCCUUUGCUGAUGAAAUGCAAAUAGUGUGUAGACCUCGGCAGUGCAAAGAAACGUGUGCAGAGGGAUUUGAAUAUGUGAAAACCAACCCAGCUGACUGCUGUGGGGCGUGUGUGCAAACACACUGCGUGAUCAAUGUUAAUGGUUCUACAACACCUUUAAAGGUUGACGAAACCUGGUCGCCUCCUGAAAAUAAGUGUGAGAGUAAAACCUGCGUGAAGAGCGGAGAGUCUUUUACAGUCAUCAGCUCUAAAAUCGUUUGCCCGUUCUUCCAAGAGAGGAACUGCAAAAAGAAACGAAUCAACAAUCGCACCAUCGAUCUGGCGUGUGAAAAUGGCGGGCACGUCCAGUUCACCUAUGAGCACAUAGAGGAGUGCGGCUGCGGCCACACAGAGUGCACCACGCCUGCUGGACAUCUUCGAAGAAAGCGGCGCUUCACACUGCAGUGA